UGCAGGACUUGCCAGGGCCGGAGAGGAGAGGAAAAUUUGUCUGGGAAGGAAUGCGAGACGGGGUUUAGGAUUGGCACUGCCACGAGGAAAACCGAGGAGGUGCGACAUUUUCUAGGCUACGUGGAGAUCCGCAUUUUCUUUCCUUCAAAGGUGUUCGCCUCCCGACCCACCGCCCACCACGGCCCUCACCUGUGUGUUGCGGUGCUUCCCUUGUGAGCCGACCUGGGCUGGCAGUCCCUUCUUGCACCGCCCGCCAACCCCGCCCAUGGUCAGAAUGACGCGCUCCAAGACUUUCCAGGCGUACCUGCCGAGCUGCCACCGAACCUACAGCUGCAUCCACUGCCGAGCUCACCUGGCCAACCAUGACGAGCUCAUCUCCAAGUCGUUCCAGGGCAGCCAGGGCAGAGCCUACCUGUUCAACUCAGUGGUGAACGUCGGGUGUGGCCCUGCAGAGGAGAGAGUUUUGCUCACAGGCCUGCAUGCUGUAGCAGAUAUCUACUGCGAGAACUGCAAGACGACUCUGGGCUGGAAAUAUGAACAUGCCUUUGAGAGCAGUCAGAAGUAUAAAGAGGGCAAGUUCAUCAUCGAGCUGGCCCACAUGAUCAAGGACAACGGCUGGGACUGAGGGACGAGCAGCCGGGACACGACCGCAGCGGUGGAGAGGAGGAGGGAGUGGGAGGGGGAAAGGGGGACUGGGUAGCUGGAUGGACGGACAAAUGGAUGGGGAGGAAGGAGGGGGAGCAGGGGGGGCAGGGUGGGUCGUGUGUGGUGGGUGAGUGUGUGACUUUGGUUUGGCUGAUUUACCAUUAACCUCUGUAACUCUCUGCCCAUCCCUCCUUACCACGCCUCUUGGUGUACACACACACACACACACACACACACACACACACACACACACACACACACACACACACACACACACACCAUGUUCCCAGACAUCCCAGCUUGACAGAGAGAUGGACUAGGCAGGCUUGUAUGCAGCUAGCAGGACUAGGUGUCUGGCCAGCAAUAGAAGACAAGACACAAUGUCUCAUUUCAACGUUUUUUUUUUUUUAGCUCUUAAAAAGGUUGCGACACUCCCCCUGUACCCUCGAGGAGACAUCUUCGUUGUGUGAAGUAUCCUACCUUGUUUAACAAUAAUGUUAAUAGCAGUUGUUAACAGGUAUUUCAGUGGAAAUUUAGCCAGAAGGAGGGCAGUUGUUCAGGCCUGGUGCGGUUCAUUGGCCUUGGUUGAAGAGCUGACGGACAUUCACUCUGUCCCCAGCGUGAAUGAGAUGACCUAAGAUGAUUAUAGCAAAUCCAGCUGAUCGGGGCCAUGCCAGCUGGGCCAGUGAUGAGGCCUGGCGCUGAGGCUUGGCACGGAGGCCCAAGCACAUUGGCGUUGGGUUGUGGCGGGGGUGUGUGUGUGGGGCGGGUCGCUCACUCAUCGUGGGGGGGAGGGUCCUGAUCCAGUUAUGCAGUGGCUUUGAUGGCUUCUGGCUGGGAUCCACUCCACGUCUUGCCAGUGAUGCAGCUCAGGGCGAGCAGGGUGGGCCGACAGUGAAAGAGAUACAGACGGACGGCCACCAGCUUGUCCUAAAACCUCGCAGGAACUUGCCCUCGCAGCAGCAGAGCAGCUCCCCUGGGUUUUAUUCAUCCUUCAAUACACCGAGUCGUGUAAAGUGAUCUGCUGAUCCCGCCCGUGUACGUCUGGUGUCGGCGGAUGCAUUGCUGCGUCCACCUUUGUUACUUUGCCAGAUAUAAUUAUACAACAUAAGUGUGUCUCAGGUGGGCAACUUUGGUUGGGAUUCCCAAUGGUUUGCGAGCAUUGUGAGCAUCUCUCUGCUGUUGUAGGUCGAUGAGGUGAUGAGGCCUGGGGGUGGGGGGCAGCUAGUGAUCAGUGAGACACAAAUACAACUCCUGCUGUCAUGCAAAUAACAGGCCUCCACAUAGUUUGAUUUGAAGAAACAAAUGGCCAAUGCAUGACUGGUUUCAUGGGCCAAGGGAAAAUACAAAUACUAAAAAAAAAAGAACAUAAAAAGUAAGUUAUUACUUUUACUGAAGUUACGAGGUACAUACACGACCACAAAGGUGUGUACUAUAGAUGCAUGUGUAUAAAAGGUAAUACCUAUCACUCUUAGGCUCUCUUUCAGUCUGGGAUGACUGCUGUUUAACUGCUGUUACACUAACUGGCCCUCACGAAACAUCGCAACAAACCUACUGGGCAACAUUAUGAAGCAAUGCGCUAGACAGAUGUAUUUACUUAUUCUUUUGUCUCUUAAUGCACCAACUCAUUAUCUUAGGUUUGCCCCAGUUUUUGGUCAUUUUUCUUUUUCCUACAUCAGUUAAUUUACUAAAUAUUCCUCAUGCAUCGUGGGCCUUUGACUUAUGACACCUGGGUGAUAUUAAACAUUAAUGGGAAGCAUUGCUCAGGUACCUUGAUGCUAACUUUUCUUUACUAAGGCCAGGAUCCUUCUUAUCGUACUGGAUGUGCUAUUCUCUGAUGGAAAUGUACUAUUUUCAAAUGAGAGAAUCCAUUACAGCUGCCUGCAUCCUGUGGAAAUGCAACGUUAAUGCAUGCAUGAUCUAAAACUAAAGUUUUCUGACCAGUUUUGUGCUCCGUCCUCAUCACGUUUUUGUACAAAAAAAACCAACACAUUUGUGUGUAUUAGAGUUGCUGUAAUACAACAUCUGAUCAGUUGCAUCCCAGUCUAUUUGAGCUGUGAGACCCCUCUGCAGUGGAACAAAAGCAUCGCAGAUUAAAUGUGAUCCUGGUUUAGAAAAGUAAAAUUAGUUCCCCUGACACACAUAGUUUCCUGUUAUUGCAAACAUUGCUCUAGAAGUUGCCCUGUAUAUGGUGAGCCCUGCUCAAAACUCAAACCUAAACCGAUAACUCGCUUCAGUAACACUCAGCAGCUGAGUGCUCAGUCGUAGGCUGUGACAUUAAACCCAGCACAACCAAAGAAUCCACCCAUCAACAAUAAGUUGACCAAACAAAAGAUCUCAUUUUGCUUGGGCAAAGUGUUGCAAAACAAGGGGGUGUAUAGCUGAAAGCCAAGGUUGUGGAUAGCCUUUCUCUGUGAUAUAUAUAAUGCAUUAUGAUUUUGUAAACAAAAGAUCUUAAUAUAUGAAUAUAUUCUAUUUACUGUAUUCACCAUGAGGAUUACCAUUCAUGUCAACCUCUGUGUUACAGAUUGUAAAUAGUGUUAAUGUAUUGUGUUUUAUCUAUGAUCCAUACGAUGAUGAAUGAAUAUGAUUUAGGUCAUGUCAUGCUUUCUCUCUGGUACCCCACAUUGGCUGUACGAUACUACUUUUUUACUGAAAAUGUUUCAAUUUUAAUGUCUUUUGUAAAGGAGGAUGCUGAUGUUGACUAUAUAUCAUUGGAUCUUCAUCUAAUAAAAAGCACCUUGAUAUCUGUAUGGAA